CUGCCGGCCAAAAGCGACCCAACAAAACUCCACACAGACCGGAACAAAAAAAACCGAAACAACAGAGUCAACGAUCUGAUUCCGCCUCCCUCCGUCCCCUCUCUCGCUCUCUCUCCAACUUCAAACGUAGAUACAUACAUUUGAUACAAUACACGUACGAAACCCAAAACCUUUCCAAUUCGAUCGAUCUCCGAGAGGUGACGAAAAUCAAACCAACGAGAGGAGAGGAGAGAGAGAAGAAUGUGCGGCAUAUUCGCGUACUUGAAUUACAACGUCGGCAGGGAGAGGCGUUACAUACUCGAGGUCCUCUUCAAUGGCCUGAGGCGCCUCGAGUACAGGGGCUACGACUCCGCCGGCAUCUCCAUCGACUCCUCGUCGCCGUCGCCGCUUUCGAACGGUUCCUCCGCCGAUUCUCUCACUCCUCUCGUCUUUCGGCAGGCAGGGAACAUCGAAUCGCUCGUCAAAUCAGUCUACGAAGAGGUUGCCACCACAGACUUAAAUUUGGAGGAAUCAUUUUCGGUUCAUGCCGGAAUAGCACACACCAGGUGGGCGACCCAUGGGGAGCCUGCUCCAAGGAAUAGUCAUCCUCAGACAUCUGGCACUGGAAACGAGUUUUUAGUCGUUCACAAUGGAGUUGUCACUAAUUAUCAGGUGUUGAAGGAAACACUACUCCGGCAUGGGUUUAACUUUGAAUCAGAAACAGAUACAGAAGUGAUUCCGAAGCUUGCAAAGUUUGUUUUUGACAAGGCAAAUGAAGAAGGUGAUCAGACUGUCACCUUCAGUCAAGUUGUGCUUGAAGUUAUGAGGCAUCUUGAGGGAGCCUAUGCACUCAUUUUUAAAAGCCAACAUUAUCCUAAUGAAUUGAUUGCUUGCAAACGCGGUAGUCCAUUGCUCCUUGGUGUCAAAGAGUUUAAUGAAGACAUGAGCAAUGGUCCAUCCUUUCAUGACGUUAAACUCCUUACAAAGAGUGGGCAACCCAAAGAACUCUUCUUGUCCAGUGAUGCCAAUGCCGUAAUUGAACACACAAAGAAGGUCUUAGUUAUCGAGGAUGGUGAAGUUGUUCACCUGAAGGACGGGGCUGUGUCCAUCCUUAAGUUUGAUCAUGGUAAAGGAAAACGCAGUGGCGGUCUUGCUAGACCUGCUUCUGUGCAACGUGCGUUGUCCAUUCUUGAGAUGGAGGUUGAGCAAAUAAAUAAAGGAAAUUAUGAGCACUACAUGCAGAAAGAAAUUCAUGAACAACCGGAGUCUCUAACGACGACCAUGCGAGGGAGACUUAUACGUGGAGGUUCAUGCAAAGCCAAAACAGUUCUUUUGGGUGGACUGAAGGAUCACCUGAAAACCAUCAGGAGAAGCAGGCGUAUAGUUUUUAUUGGCUGUGGUACAAGUUACAAUGCUGCUUUAGCUUCAAGAUCCAUAUUGGAAGAACUUUCUGGCAUACCUGUUACAAUGGAGAUUGCCAGUGAUCUGCUGGAUCGGCAGGGACCGAUAUACAGAGAAGAUACUGCUGUUUUUGUUAGUCAAUCUGGUGAAACUGCAGAUACAUUGCAAGCAUUAGAAUAUGCAUUAGAAAAUGGUGCAUUAUGCGUUGGCAUUACGAACACUGUUGGUAGUGCAAUUGCCAGGAAGACACACUGUGGUGUCCAUAUUAAUGCUGGUGCUGAGAUUGGUGUGGCUAGUACCAAGGCGUAUACGAGUCAAAUAGUAGUAAUGACAAUGUUGGCACUAGCAAUUGGAAGCGAUGCAAUAUCCAGUCAAUCAAGAAGAGAGGCUACAAUAGACGGCCUAUUUGAAUUGCCAAGCAAAGUCAGAGAGGUGCUGAAGCUUGACCAUGAAAUGAAGGAUCUUGCAAAACUUUUGAUUGCUGAGCAGUCGCUUCUUGUUUUUGGGAGAGGAUACAACUAUGCAACAGCUCUUGAGGGGGCCUUGAAGGUGAAGGAGGUGGCACUUAUGCACAGUGAAGGAAUUCUUGCAGGUGAAAUGAAACAUGGUCCUUUGGCACUGGUUGACGAAACUCUCCCAAUUGUUGUUAUUGCAACUCGCGAUCCUUGUUUCAGCAAGCAGCAGUCAGUAAUUCAGCAACUCAAUGCUCGCAAAGGUCGACUCAUUGUGAUGUGUUCACGAGGGGAUGCAGCGUCUGUAAAUGUGGGCGGUUCUUGUAGAGUAAUUGAAGUACCUCGGGUUGAGGACUGUCUUCAACCAGUAAUUAACAUAGUUCCAUUGCAGUUGUUGGCCUAUCACCUCACAGUUCUGCGUGGCUACAAUGUUGACCAACCUCGCAAUCUUGCAAAGAGUGUGACAACUGAAUGAGGAAGUUUCAUCUUGCUUUUCUGAAGCUCUAAAUUGUUAUCAAGCCUCACAAUUUUGCAAAGUUUGACAAUCUGACGAGGAAUCCUCAUUCGGAAAAACCCGUGUGCUCCUUCAACUGAACACUUUUCAUCUUCUGGGUUUAUAACACCUAACCUUUCGGUCCAGAUAUUGAGAAGGCAAUGGAACUUUUGUGUUGAAGUUGAUUAUCACAGGUCGAGAUUACCGAACGAUGACAUGAAUUCAGAUCCUUUUGUGUUUUGUGAUUAGUUGAUUGACUUACUAUUCGAUGUUGCCGGUGUUUAUAGUUAUUCAGCCUAGUCAUAUUUUUGAAUUUUUGAGUUUGGACAACUUGGUUUGUAGUCGAAUCUGAGCUGGCUUCUAAUGCUUUUAUGCUUUAUUUU